UUUCAUAACUCAAUAUCAUACUGCUCUCUCUUAGGGAAAACAACAAUGGCAACCCCUAAUGCCACCACGGCGCACCCAAUUUGCCCUGCACCGAUGAAAGCAACAUCUAAUGGCUCAUUCCAAGGUGACAGUCCCCUUGACUACGCUCUUCCCUUGAUCAUCCUACAGAUAAUUCUGGUGGUCGCUUUAACAAGAACAUUGGCAUUCAUUCUCCAACCUCUCAGGCAACCUCGAGUCAUUGCAGAGAUCAUUGGAGGAAUACUGCUUGGACCGUCGGCGCUAGGGAGAAAUCAGAAGUUUUUGCACACAGUUUUCCCAGCAAAGAGCAUGACCGUCCUGGAUACCCUCGCCAACAUCGGCCUCCUCUUCUUCCUCUUCUUGGUGGGUCUCGAGCUCGACAUCCGAGCAAUUAAUCGCACCGGAAAGAAGGCCUUGGGAAUCGCUCUCGCGGGAAUCAGCCUCCCUUUCGUGCUCGGAAUUGGCACCUCAUUCAUUCUCAGGACCACAGUUAACAAAGGCGUUUCGCAAGGCACUUUCCUCGUCUUCAUGGGCGUUGCCCUGUCUAUCACUGCCUUCCCCGUUCUUGCCCGAAUUCUCGCUGAACUCAAACUCCUCACCACAGACAUCGGCCGCAUAGCCAUGUCAGCAGCAGCGGUAAACGACGUUGCUGCCUGGAUUCUACUCGCACUAGCCAUAGCUCUCACUGGAACCGAUACUUCACCGCUUGUCUCCAUAUGGGUCCUCCUCUGUGGCGCUGCUUUUAUCCUCUUUGCCAUUUUUGUAAUCCGACCGGCUCUCCAAUUAAUGGCUAGACGAUCUCCUGAAGGUGAACCUGUGAAGGAAGUUUACAUAUGCAUCACACUGUCAUUAGUCUUAGCCGCCGGUUUUAUCACUGACACAAUUGGAAUUCAUGCCCUGUUCGGAGCUUUUGUGGUGGGUCUAAUAAUACCCAAAGAUGGUCCUUUCGCCGGAGUUUUAAUCGAGAAGAUAGAAGAUCUGGUAUCGGGGCUUUUCCUCCCUCUUUACUUUGCAUCAAGUGGCUUGAAAACCAAUGUUGCAACAAUAAAAGGAGGACAGUCAUGGGCAUUACUAGCACUAGUUAUAUUCAAUGCCUGUUUUGGGAAGAUUGUUGGCACAUUGGGUGUGUCAAUGUUGUUCAAGCUGCCUUUCAAGGAAGCCCUGACUCUAGGAUUCCUCAUGAACACAAAAGGCUUGGUUGAGCUCAUAGUCCUUAACAUUGGCAAAGAUAGAAAGGUGCUAAAUGACCAAAGUUUUGCAAUUUUAGUGCUAAUGGCAUUGUUCACAACAUUCAUCACAACCCCAAUAGUGAUGGCAAUAUACAAGCCUGCUCGGAAGGGAGCAAAUUACCACCAUAGAACAAUUCAACGGAAGGACAUUGAUUCGGAGCUCCGAAUCCUAGCUUGCUUCCAUAGUACUCGCAACAUCCCAACCAUGAUCAAUCUAAUAGAAUCGUCACGAGGAAUCCGCAAACGGGGCAAGCUCUGUGUCUAUUCCAUGCACCUCAUGGAGCUUUCCGAAAGAUCUUCUGCCAUUUCCAUGGUUCACAAGGCCCGCAACGAUGGCCUGCCCUUCUGGAACAAGAAACAGGGCCAAGACAAAAUGGUUAUUGCGUUUGAGGCGUAUCAGCAACUCAGCAAAGUCACCGUCCGCCCCAUGACCGCCAUCUCCGCCUUCAACAGCAUGCACGAAGAUAUAUGCACCAGCGCGCACCAGAAGCGCACCGCCUUGAUCAUAAUGCCAUUCCACAAACACCAGCGCAUGGAUGGAACAAUGGAGUCACUCGGACACGCAUUCCAUCUCCUGAACCAGAGAGUGCUCAGUUACGCGCCUUGCUCCGUGGCAAUCCUCGUCGACCGUGGGUUAGGAGGCACCACGCAAGUCACUGCCAGUGAAGUGUCAUACUCGGUGGUGAUGCCUUUCUUUGGCGGUAGCGACGACCGCGAGGCGCUUGCUUACGGGAUCAGGAUGGCCGAGCAUCCUGGAAUCAAGUUGACCGUCCUCCGAUUCAAGGCGGCCUCUGGGAUGUCAUUGACAUUCGACGCAAAAGAGGAUGAAAAAACCAAGAAAGGAGGAGACGAUCAAGACGAUGAAAAUCAUUCCAAGCUUUUCGCCACCGUGAAGAAUGAAGAAUCGAUAACACACGAGGAAAAGGUGGUCGGAAACAGAGACGAAAUUAUCGCAGCAUUGAAAUCGAUGAGCAAAUGCAAUUUAUUCCUGGUGGGAAGAACAUCUCCCACGGUGCAAUUGGUAGACAGGACUGACUGUCCGGAUUUAGGUCCCGUUGGAAGCUUCUUAGCGUUGUCUGAAUUCUCGACUACUUCCUCUGUUUUGGUGGUGCAACAAUACGACCCGUUGCUGAAUCUCCACCCGCUGGUGGAGGAAAUAGCGCAGGAAGACCCAAAUGAUGAGGAACCGGAUACACUGGUUGCGGAUGCUGUAUGAAGAGAAAGAAGUUAUGUGGGCAGAUUUAGUGUUGUGAUGGUUUGUUUGGAUCAAUGUCAGUGAUUCAAUGGGUUCUUUUACUCAUGUGGGUGAAGAAAUACCCUUAGUUUCUGGCUUGAUUCGAUAAUUCUUAAUUAAAUUUGAGAACGAACAAUGAUUGCUUUCUGUUGUAGAAAUUUUUGAUGAGUUGAUGGAGUUUAGGGGAAGAUGUGGUGUAAAAGAAGAGGAACUGAAAGGGUAGAUAGAGAAUCUGCUAUGUUUGGUCGGAAAGAAGUAAAGUCCUUGCCGAAGUAGAAGACCAAAAUAAGGAAUCAGUUGUUUUAAUUUUUUUUUUUCAAUUAAAGUUAUUUUUUUAUG